AAAUAGAACUAUGGAGUCUUUGGUAUCUGUGCCGUUCGUGUUCUUAGAAUGUCCACAUUUGAAGUUAAAGAAGCCAUCCUGGUUACGCAUGCCCUCGCCAAUGUUCAUGUUUGCAGUUGUUGUUAUCGCUUACUUUCUCUUUACAGCAGGGAUAAUUUAUGACGUAAUUGUGGAACCUCCAAGCAUCGGGCAAACAACGGAUCCUCACACAGGGCAUACUAAACCGGUAGCAUUUAUGCCAUAUCGUAUCAAUGGCCAGUAUAUCAUGGAAGGACUGGCAGCUAGCUUUCUGUUCACUGCUGGCGGAUUUGGAUUCAUAAUCCUGGACAAGAGCAACGGGGCAAAUUUGAACAGACUGUCGCGCACUCUUCUCAUAUUCACAGGUGCAGCAAUGGUGUUGAUUAGCUUCUUCCUCAGUCGAGUAUUUAUUGGUAUGAAGCUUCCAGGCUACAUGAGCUGAUCUGACGUAUAAUACAUACGAGACACGAGCUGGAAAACAUCCAUUGAACUGUCUUUUGUGAACUUAAUCAUGGAAAAUUUUGUCCUUAUUGCUUAUUGUAUAAUGUUUUGGUUGGUAGUCUCAUGAUCUGAAAGUAAUUUGUGGUAAAAUAUAAGAAUAGAAAAUAAAAUAUAAAAGGUAUAUGCUGUAAAUAAAACUUCCGAUUUCAAUAAAUUGGGUAGUCAUCUUGAAGUGUCUUAUUUUUGGGUUUUGUAUUUAUGUACGGAAAUUAAGAUUUUUGUCUCUA